CCUCUUGCCCGUUGCGCGAGCGCGGCGCAGAUCCGCAGAGCAGAGAGGAUGAGGAUGAAGGGAGGCGCGCGGGAUUAACGGUGGGCACGCGUUGCGCGCGGUCAGUCAGGGCUUGGGUUCGCGCGGCGAUGCUCAGAAGGCCAUGAUGAAGACCGACUCCUCCUCGUCGUCCUCCUCGAGGGCCGCGCUGCCUCCGCUGCCAGCGCUGCAUCCGCACGAUGCCGGGAGCGGCCGCGCCUACGGCUCCAACGUGCACCGCAUCAAGAGCCUCUUCAUGCAGAUGGGCGCGAGCCCGGACCCCCCCGCGGCGCCCAGAGCCGCGCGCGCCCCGCUGCCCCGGGCCGGCAGCCUAAACGAGCGCGUGGACCACGGCGCUCUGCUGAAGCUCGGUGCGGAGGGCGCGAGCUCCAUGGGCAGCAUCACCUCCUCCAUCAGCACCUCCUCCAUCAGCAGCAUCACCUCCUCCAUCAGCACCUCCUCCAAGCUGCAGGAGACCAGGAGGAUCUUUGAGCGGCAGCAGGAGGAGGAGGAAGAGGAGGAGGAAGAGGAGGAGGGCGCCGCCAGCCGGAGCGCGCUGAGGAAGGAGCGGAACGCCGGCCUCCAGUACGGGCGUCUGGACGUGGUGGCCCGUUUCAAUGGCAGCACCGAGUCACUGGACGGGCCGGACGCUGCAGAGGCCGUGUCGCCCACCGUCAGCCAGCUCAGCGCCGUGUUCGAGCGGGCGGCCGAGCUGCGCUCCAACCUCCACCGCCUGUCCUGUAUCAGCACGGCCAGAGCGCGACCCGCCCCGGCGCAGGAGCACAGGGGCCCCCGCAGGGGCCGAGAGGCGGAGGGCGCUGCGGAUGACCUGAAAGAGAGCAGGGAUACCGAGCAGCAUUUAAGGGAAGCCAACGGCGAGUCCUCAGAGACGGACCCUGCCCGAGCCGGGGCCACUGGGGCAGAGGUCAGCGGGGCGAGCCGGGCCAGUUGUUCCGUAGGGGUCACUAAGGAGGACGAUGGGGAUGAUGAGGCCACCCUGAAGGAGGAUUCUUCAACAGGGGCCACCCUGGUGGAGGUCAGCACGUACAGCGCUGCAGGGGAGGACUCUGGAGGCAGCCAGCUGGGGGACGAAGACGACGAAGAAGAGGAGGCCUACGAGGCCGAAGCGACCUGCGUGGAGGUCCCAGGGCUUCCUGUAGAAGAGGAGCCACCGCCGAGCCGCAGAAUCCGCUUCAGCACCGCGCCGAUUAAGGUGUUUAUGACCUACUCCAACGAGGACUACGACAGGCGGAACGAUGACGUGGACCCCAUGGCUGCCUCGGCCGAGUACGAGCUGGAGAAACGAGUGGAGAAGCUCGACCUGUUUGCCGUAGAACUGGAGAAAGACAGAGAGGGUCUGGGUAUCAGCAUCAUCGGGAUGGGUGCCGGAGCUGAUAUGGGUCUGGAGAAACUAGGAAUAUUCGUCAAGACGGUCACUGAAGGAGGAGCUGCACACCGGGACAGCAGGAUCAAAGUGAAUGAUCUGAUAGUGGAGGUUGAUGGGAUCAGUCUGGUUGGGGUGACUCAGAGUUUUGCUGCCUCUGUUUUGAGGAACACCGCUGGUACAGUUCGGUUUACGAUCGGCCGGGAGAAGCCGGGGGAGCAGAGCGAGGUGGCGCAGCUGAUCCAGCAGACACUCGAACAGGAGCGCUGGCAGCGGGAGAUGAUGGAGCAGCGCUACAGCAACUACGUGGGAGACGAAGAUGAGCCUGCAGGCUACGGCAGCGAUGAGGAUGAGGAGGAAGAUGAAGAGACGGGCUCUAUGUACCCCAGCGCCAUCGAGGUGUUUGAUCUGGCCGAGAACGAGGACGCACUCUCUCCCGUGGACAUGGACCCUGAGAAACUGGCCCACAAAUACAAAGAGCUGCAGAUCAAACACGCUGUGACUCAGGCUGAGAUCCAGCAGCUUAAGAAGAAGCUGAGUCAUGCGGAGCAGGAUCGGCAGCGCUGGCGCGCUGAGAAGGCUCAGUUAGAGCAGAGCGUGCAGGAGAACAGGGAGCGCAUGGACAAGCUGGAAGGUUACUGGAUGGAGGCGCAGAGUCUUUGCCAGGCGGUGGACGAGCACCUGAAGGAGACGCAGGUGCAGUAUCAGGCCCUGGAGCGCAAAUACAGCAAAGCCAAGCGCCUCAUCAAAGAGUACCAGCAGAAGGAAAUUGAGUUUCUGAAGAAGCAGACGGCUCAGCGGAGGACUCUGGAGGAGACGGAAGCAUCGCACAAGGAGGAGGCAGAGCAGCUCAAGGUCAAGGUUACUGAUCUGGAGUCGCAGGUAGAGGAGCUGAGGUCAUCUGAACCGUUAUAAAGACUGAUGCUGUUUUGAAAUGCUACUGAACUAGAAGAAUGCUGGAAGAUAUGAACAGCGCUGCGACUGAAUCCACUUUAAUUACGUUUUAACCCUCGGCCUUUCCCCGUCUUGAACAUUUACUUUGUGAACACUCCUAUGAUCAGUGUUAGCUUUUAAAAGUUUUUUGCUUUUCCUGAAACUGAUUUUAUUACAUGCUUGGCUGCAGCUUGGUCACAUUUAAAGAACUAGACUGGCGAAAAGAUCAAAUUGUACACAGUUUCCCACUUACCCCAGAUAUACUUGAUCAGCCGAGCUGCGUUUAUAGUUCAAAUUUGAUUCUUGACCUGGAGCUAGGAGGCUAACGUUUUUAAUUAACGCUAAAAGUCAAUAGUCACCUAAAUGUUUUCUGUAAAAACUCCCAAAACGUCUCUCAACUGAAACUCCACUGAGGUUUUCAUUAAGAUGUAUCAGUGUGAUUUAGAGCAGAGGUUCUCAAUAUUUUCUAUAUCUCAUCUUUUUAUGACAAAGUGCCACCACAGGCCCACUCUAGUCACUGCCCCCCCCCAGUAUAGGUCAAAGGACCACCAAAGGUGCUUCGCAGCCCAGUUGUGGUCCUUGGCCCAGUGGUUAAGGAACCCUGGUUUAGAGCACGCUCACCAAAAACAUUUAACAAAACUUCACCAUAUAGCUGAAUAGCUACAAGCACUCAAAGGAAAAUGGCUUUAUUAAGGCUGUCUCAGAAGAAAUAAAGCAAAAAAGAAAUGAAUAAAGCAUAAACCCGUCUUGGCUGAUCUGAGAUAAGAGGGAAAUCUGUGUUAAUUAGACUUUUGCAGAACUAUUCCUUUAGAAGAUUGAGGACCAGAAUAAAUACAGACAACAGACUGCGGAACGGAUGGCCACAUCAAGCAUCUUUGACUGUCUUCUUCUGAGAUCUUGUUUGUUUGAUACAAGCUGGGACCCGUUUAAAGCAAGAAUACCCUCAUAAAGAGUUCAUGAAUGGUUUAAAAUGUCAUGAAUGGUUAUUAAUUAGGUCAUAAAGACCUCAAAAUCAUCAAUAAGCAGUUACAACAUAUAAAUAAAAAGGGCAACAGUGGCUUCUUGUUUGCCUAGUAGUGAAUCCACUCUCAUUUACACUAUUGAAGCUCCUAUUUUGAUGUUUACUGAUCUUAAUUCGUCUUUUCUAUUAGUCAGCAUUAAACCCGUCAGCUUCAUUUCAUAGUCGUAUGAUUUUACAGCUCUUUUGCCCUUUUUGAUUUUGAUUCUAAUUGGUAAUGUGUUGUAACUGCUUAUUAGUGAUUUUAGCCUAAUAACCAUUAAUGAAUGUAUUUGAAACCAUUCAUAAACACUUUUUAAGUGUAGUCUUAUUCUAAAGUGGUACCAGCUGGUCCAAAUUCCAUAUCGUUUUGCAGCGUUUCAACGUUUCAACGUUUUAGUGAAAUGUAUGUUUCUAAAGUAAGAUAUCCCUCCCAGGCUUCCACAUGGCAUAGCACAGUGGUGUUUAAAGCGGCACUGCAACAUUCAAAGCAGCACAGAGUAGUUAUCAGAUAAUUUAUCUACUAUUUGUCAUGAGAUCAUUGUCAGAAAAUUACAACUAAUUUUUAGAUAUAUUUAACUUGUUCGGUGUGGAGCAGUCGUGUGUUCACUAGUGUGUAGGUGGUUUCGCUGCACAGAUGGGUCAAAGGUGGAGGUGAAAUUUCCCCACUGGGGGACUAAUAAGGGUCCAUUUAUUCACUUCUUGAAACAAGUUAUAUGAUCCGUCAAUAGAAAAACACACUUUCAAAAGAUACAGGCACUUAAAACAAGUACAAAUGUACAGAAACAGGUUAAAUAAUUGUAUAAUAUUCUUAGAAGUCUUGGCUAUAUUAACUACAUAUGAGACAUUUUUACUUGCUAAGAUAUCACAUUUGCAGCAUACAAAUAAAGAUAUUGCAUCAACAUUGGAGUUUAAACAGGCGUUCCAUGGUGUUUCCUACCAGACCAACGAAAUAAAUGAAAAAUAUCCUUUCAGCCCUUUUUACUCUGUUCUUUCAACCAACAAAUGCAAUAGCAUACCAUGAUAGAACUAUGAAAGUCGUGUAAUAGCGCUGUCAGCUAAUCAGUAGUGUAGUAAUUGCGUGUAGCUCAGAGCAAGCAACAAAAUAUUUGGGUCGUUCUCCAUUGGGGUGGAAAUUCAGGUGGAUAAAUUUUUUAAAAAUCUGUUUCUUUCAUUCCAAAACGAAAUAACCUUAAUCCGUCCGCUAACAUCUCCUAUUAUCAUGUAUGCAAAAAGGAGCUUAAUUCCAAACAUAUUUUACAGUCACUGGUGUUUUAUGAAUAUGAUGUAACACCAGUGACGGUGACUCCAAUGACAUUCUGGUUAAAACUGAGGAUUCUGUAAACUGGCUGAGACGUUGGCUGAUCAGGUGACCUUGUGCCACUAUUUAACAUCAGUAAUAAAAUUAUAUUUAUGGCAUUAUUUUGACAAAAUUUGAAUAACCCAGCCUUUAAAGCACAUAACACCAGUGGCACAUAGAUUUAAGUGCUGCCAGAUAAAGAUGAUGAUUAUUAAAUUAAUGAAAUAUAGUGAGCGAGUGUGACUCGCCUUCUUAUGCCUUGAGAUGCUUUCUCUUUGAUGAGCCUCGACCCAAAGAAGCAGUUUAAUAGCGCUGAAAAUACUGUGUUAAAAUGUAACAUAAGAGUCCUGAUAAGAGCUGUGACCAAAAUCUGAAUGAAUUUUUAAAAUGCAUAAUUUUUAAAUGUAUAACGUUAAUGACAUAAAAGUAAACACAAAUCGGUUUUAUACAAAUUCCUAAGUCAAACCUCUUAAAAUUGUUUUAUUUUAAAAACGUUUGAAAAUUGAAAAAGUUUUACAGAGGCUGAGCGACAAUGAAACAAGAUGAGAAAAGAAAGGAAAGAAGAAGGGAAAAGUGUUAUUUAAUCUUAGGUCAACUGUGUAAAUGUACAUACCAACUUUUGGAGCUGUGCCUCAUAUUUUAAACAUCUUUUUAAGCCCUGCAGCCUUUGUGACAUGGUUUCCCCUCCAAAUGGAAAAUGAUCCAUAUACUCGAAAGAUCUGAGCUUCCGUCAUUGGUAAUGCUCGAUAACUACGCUCCAGGCUCUGUGUUACCGGUAUAAAAGGCCACACUGAUAACAAAGUAGUGCUUUGGAAGCAGCAGUGCUGUAGAAAUGGAAGGCCACAGUUUGAGUUAGAUUAUGAAAAAGUUUCUAAAAGUUAUUUUGCUGUCAUGUUCUGUGAGCCAGGGAAGCCUGUGUGAGGUUAUUCUAGCUUUAUCUUACUUUAGCAGCACAAAUUGCACAACCCUGCUGAAAAAAAGACUAAAAAAGAUUAAAAGCUUUUGCUUUCUAGAGAGCACUACUUUCCUGUAGGACCUUUAGAACCCAUUAGGAAAAUGCACCUGGACUCAGAACUCCUGUUAAGAGUCCUUUACACUGUGACAUCAACCCAGCAGGAAAACUCAGAACACCAUUAUUGACUAUUGGACACCGCCAGAAACUUUUACUGGGUUCUGUGAUUUUUUUUUUCAGCAGGUAAAAAACGCCAAAACUUACCCAGACAGUACCCAAAGGUCUCUCUGCCUUACGGUCUUCUGCACAAGUACAUCCGUUCUGACGUUUCUGCUGACAAUCUUUCGACAGUGACCCUGUUCUGUGUUCAAAAAUACACCACGACACGUGAUUUGUACAUAUUCUUUAUAAAUAUAUAUUAACAUAAUAUUAACGUUUUGAAUGCUAAGCACACGAAAAAAAAGUACUUGUGUGAAAACUCACAAGGCCUUGAAAUCAUAAAUGUAGGAACCGUGUCUUGAAGAAACCGCUAAGAACAAAACGAAAUAUUUUGCUUUCUGCAAUACAGUCAUUUAGCGUAGCCAUAAAUCAGACCAUCACCUUGCUUCACCUGAGUGAAUCCUGCAGUCCAAGCCUCAGGCAAAAGUUAGCUAAUUAGCUAGCUAGCUAAAGUGAGGUACUUCACGUUACUGUUAGGUAAAACCUUGCGAGUGCUAAUAAACUUUCAGAGAAGGUUACAUAGUUCCACAAACUACAUAAAUUUGGGCUACAAAUGACAAAGUGUAGGUUAGCUAGCUAAGUAGCUAGCAUAGUUAGGAGUGUAGCUAACCCUCUUUCUAACCCUAACUGUUUUAUUCUCAAGAAGUGCAGCCCUGCACAAACGUCUGCUGCUAAGCUGGUUUAUGCUGGUUUAUACUGGUCUGGUGCUGUUUUAGCUGGUCACCCAGUGUGGCCAUGCUAGUUGACUAGCAUAGUAGUAUCCAAAACAACAGCAUAUGCUGGUUUUGCUGGUGACCAGGUCACACUGGUCAAUGUUUUUUCUAGCUGGGAGCUCACACGGAAAUCUGAAAUAUGGCAGUAUAUGAAUCAGUAUCAGAAGUAUAUGGCAUAUAUUAGCAUAUAAGGAUUUCCCUUAAAUAUAUGCCAACUUUGCCAUUUUGAUACCUACAUGAUACCUACAUAUAUGUACUCAACAUAUAUAUGUACAUAGUUUGAAAAAUCUGUGUGACCCUUUAUGAUAUAUGUGGAUAUAUGACCAUGUAUCAGGAAUUAGUAACCAUAAUCUGAAUCUUAGCUGUUUUACCUAACUUUAAUGAGAGACACCUCGUAAGCACUAUAGCUACAUAACCCGCUAUCAUUUGGCCUAGUUGACUCUUGGUCUGAAGCUGGACACUCCUGGUUUCAUGUUCUUCUUAACCCAUGUCUUCACUGUAUGACCAGGGCAGGAUUUCGGUGACUUGGACCUUAAAAACCAACCACUGCCUCUCAGUAUUUCGGAGGACAAACCAAUCCAGGAUCCACACUUGUACUUGGAACACAUUUCACUGCUAAAAAUGACGGCUCAAGCGAGUGAAAUGACCUUAAAUCAAGUCAACAUAUCCCAUAUUUCUCAUUAUAUGACGGUUGUAAGAGCGUUAUAAGAUUAUUCAUCCUUUUCUAUACCUUUUUACGUACUUGUUUUCUGGAGACGGCUUUUGUUUAGAGAUAAUUUUGCUAGGUUCAGCUUGAAUUUUACUACAUAACUUCAACGUAAAAGUAAAAAUGCCUAGUAAUACAUUAAAUUAUCGUAUUAUGUUCUUACAACAAUCUUAAAAUGAGAAAUAUUAGGCACUAGUUUUAAAAUGACUUGCUAACGUAUUAUUUUUGCAGUGUUAAAGGCUAAUGUGGCUAACACUGAAUGAAAAUUAGCCAAGGGCGAGUUAGCAAGAGCCGAUGUAGCCAGUGGUUACUGGUUAAUACUGGUUUUCAUUCAUUACUAGCAACGUUUAGCAGCUUUCCUGCUAAGAUGACUUAUUAAUAUAUCAUUUUUAGCAGUGUUGAAUUCUAACAUGGCUAACAUUGGAUGAAAACUAGCCAGGGGUGAGUUAGCAAGGGCUCUCAUUACUUAGUACGCAGUGCUAACUGGCUACUACUAAUUUUCAUUCAUUAUUAGCAACGUUUAGCAGGUUUUCUUGUCAGUCGUGCUAGCUGUUUAGAAACCACCUCAUUCUUCUCACAGAAAAAGGGAGAGAUUUCCACACCUUUACUGUCCUUUCUCCUCACUAGGCUCCUGUUCUCACAACCAGCAAGAGGUUAUAGCUACAGAACGAGUCACUGAGAGCCUGAAGACCUGCGCGUACUUCAUAAUUGGUAGCUUGUAAUGAAAAGACGGAAAUAAAAAGAUUCUCAAAUGGUCUGGUGCUGAAUGUAUGCUAACAAAAUGUUUGCGCUCAAAGGUAGUACUAACUCCAAUAAUGAACGUCGAGAAAUCACUAUAACUUUACAAAUUAUGGAACCAGCAUAAAUAUCUGUGAAAAUGUCAUUUGUGUCGCACACAAAGGAAACAGGACUUUUACAUACAUGUGAAAAAGUGCUUUAGAGUUUACCCCUUAGUCUCUGAGCAGUGUUUAUAUGAAGUCCACUAGACAUGUAGAAUGAUUUGUUAAUGAGAAACGAGAGCCAGGCUUGUACUGAAUUGAUGAGUUUUGUUAAUGUUCUUUUCUGAAAUAAAUGAUCUACAGGAUAA